ACGCAACAUCAGCCAAGUGUCAUCACCAUCGUUCUAAACUAGCGAGCAGCACCUUCUCUAGUUCUCUUCCUGCGCUAGCUUUUCUCUGCCUCGAGUAAUGGCGACCAUGGUGACUUUGAGCUCCUUCGCCGUCGUCGGCCGGUCCGCCGCCCGUUCUCCGGUGGUGGCCCCGCGCCGGCGCGCCCUCGUCGUCAGGGCCCAGGCCGAGCCUGACAUGGACUCAACCAAGGAGACGACGAGCGCGUCGACCUCCUCAUCCCCACGCACGAGCCCUGCCCCGACCCCGAUCCCGGCAGCACCCAAGCCCAUGACCAAGAAGGCCAACCCCUCGGUCUGGGACGCGCUGGCCUUCAGCGGCCCGGCGCCGGAGCGCACCAACGGCCGGCUGGCCAUGGUGGGAUUCGUGGCGGCGCUGUCCGUUGAGGCGGCGCGCGGCGGUGGGCUCCUCGACCAGGCC